AUGCCCAUUCUCGAGCUCGUCCGUGUAAUUGAGGAUACCCAGCCUCAUCAACCCCGACACCACCGACACUUCUCCGAGAGCUCAACGUCGUUAACACCACCCUUCGAACGCUUCGGAUUCAAUUACUCUUCCUCCUGUUGCACCAUGAGUGAGGCCGUUCAGGACCCACCACUCGAUUUGACCCCCGAUGAAGCCAACCGAAUAAUCCACUCUCACCGCAAGGUCCGAUACGGGACUGCGUGCUGGCCAUGCCGCCAGCGCAAGGUGAAGUGUGACAACAAGCAGCCAUGCGAGAAUUGUGUAAAGAGAGAUCACGCAAAUCUUUGCUCGUACAACCCAAAGCAAAAUGCUUCAAAAGGUUCGCCGGGGUCUGUCGCGGGAAUCAAGAGAGCUCGGUCACCGGGCAGCGAGGGGUCGUUGAAGAAAGAGGAUGAUAGAUGGCCCAGGACAACUGAUGAGGAGGACCCCAAUGAAUCCCGAUAUCUGGGCCAGAAUAGUAUCGCAGCCUUCCUUAGUGAGGAAGCUCAGGCUGGGGAAGCACUAGCAGACGGUGAACAAGAUGUUAUACGGAAAGAUAUCAUGCCCAUACUAGGGCUGCAGAUAUCGUCGGCAUCCUACCCUUUCAUGUCAAGAGAGCACAUGGACAAAAUACGUCUCGAUAUCGCCGCCGCUCUGCCUUCAGAUAGAGAUGUACUGAAGACUUUCCAAAUAUAUAAACAAAUCGUGCAGCCGUUCUGGGGUUUAUUAGUCGACAUCGAAGAUUUCGAGUCCAAGCUCUGCAUGUACCUCGAAGAUCGAAGUGCAUCGUCAAAACACCCUGCCAAUGGCAGCAAAGGUGUAUCUUCAGCAUGGCUGGGAAUGCUUUUCGCUGUCCUCGCCGUCGCCACUAAUUAUUCAGAACAUCCAUAUCAUAAACGCGUUGCUAUCACACAGAAUUAUGUCCAUUCUUCAUUUCAUUGCUUACGACUUUCGAAUUACCUGAUUCGACCUUCGCUGGAAUCAAUCCAGGCACUCAUAAUUUUGGGAUUUGUGCUUUCAAAUGACAUGAAAGCCGAGGCGUCGUGGGCUUUGAUGGGUCUCACGUGCAGACUCGCUCAGGCACUGGGACUUCACCGUGCUCCAAAUGAAGGCGCACAGCAUGCUCCUAUUCCAGCUGGAAGUGAUCUCCCGCGGCGAAAACUCUGGUGGACCAUCCUCUGGCAAGACAGUCUCCUCUCCCUCUCAUUCGACCGAUCACCCAUCGCUAUCAUGACCCGCUGCCAAUCGCCACUUAGCCCAAGCGCUUUAACAGAAGGCUUCUCCUACACCGAAGCCAUGUACACGCUCUGCUUCAAUAUCCUCCAGUCUGUCAAAAAUGACUCUAACUCCUCCCCAAGCUUCGACCAAAUCAUGGCCAGCUCUGCUGAAGUCGAGAAUAUUCGACAACAAGUCGUUCCACGUCUCCGUUCCACCGAGCAAUGCAAGACAUUACAAGAUCGCUUGCAGCACUUCGCCGUAAGGCUGCACACCUCAUUCGUUGUCUCAGUAUUCUGUCGUCCAGCUCUUCGCAGAGGGGAAAAUCCUGGGAUGGACGCUACGCAGAAAGCUAUCCUGGCGGACAAGUGCAAAGCGAACCUCACAGAGACAGUGCGCAUGUACCUAAAGAUGCACUCACUAAGCGUCAUUCCAACUCGUUCCUGGGCAUUCACCUACCACGGCCUCUCAUCCGCUGUUCUGCUCGGCAUCCUCGGCGAAACUAAAACAGAUCCGGAAGUGCGCCAAUUACAAGGCAACCUCAUAUCAGCGCUCUCAGUCACCGCCGCGAAAGAACAGACGUCACCCGAUGUCCCAAAGUCAGAUCGGGAUAUAGAGUUGAGUGGGCCGCUGUCAAGGGCAUUAGUUGCGCUGCAGAAUAUAUACGACCAUGGGUGGGUUGUGGAGGGCGGGAAAUCGUCGAAAGAGAGGGGGCAAGGAAUGCAGGUUCAGGAUCAGGAUCCCUCGCAGUUUGAGCAGCAGAAUGCGGCGAUUGCCAUGGCAUCCAUGCAGAAUGGGAUGAUGCCUCCGCUGGAUUACACACAGCAGAUGGUACCGGUCGGUAUGUCGGACGCGCAGAUCGCAGACCAGACGAUGCAUAUGUCACCGAUGGAUCUGUUUGACUCGAUAUUCUGGGAAUACCCGACCACUGGCUUAGAUCAGAUGGGCGGCUUUGAUUACUCGCAGCAGCUGUAUCCUCAGUUUUAG